AUGUUUUAUAUUACUUCAUCCAAAGAUCCGACGAGAGUCAUGUCCAGUUCACCCAAAGGAGGUUAGGAAAUCAAACAACUCUUAAAGACAGAGUUCUUUUUAUCCAUCACGCGAGUUAUAGCUUGCCCUGUGCAUUAAUGCUCUAAUAAAUAAACAAAUAUAUGCAGCCUGCUUCAAACAUAAUGUGUUGUUCAUAAUUAUUUUACAAAGGAAUUAAUCCAGACGCAUAAUUGAUUUCAGCUAAAUGGUUGCUUCAGAAAAUGAGAGAUUUAUUCCACUUUGAUUUACACUAAAGAAGCUCUACUUUUAGUGAAGCUAUGAUUAUCUCGACAGGUAGUAAAAUUUGAGUUUCUUAAUUUUCACUUUCUCCUCUCAAUUAUCUUAUCUUUUGGCCUCAUGUCUGAGAUGAUAUGCAAGAUUUAGUGCAACAUGCAAGGUACAAAAUAAUGGAAUAGCUAAACAUGCACUUUAGUAAAGUGCUCAAUGGUUGUUGAAAUUUGAUAUUUAUGGCCUAAUCACUUACAUUUGAUACCUUCAAUAAUUACCAUUACUUUUUAAAAAUUAUUUGUGCUCUGAAGUGUUCUCUAAUGCAGUCACAGCUGUGGGUUUUCUAUGUUCUGUUUAAACUGGUAUUCAGGUAGCAAACAUAUCAUUUAUGACCUUGUGUUUCAUUAGUUUGGAAGUGUAGGCUGGAAAGUGCAUUACAUACAAAGUCAUUCUGAAAAUUGUUACCUGUGUAGUGAAUCUGAAGUCUCACUUUGUUAAUUACAGGAAAGAAAGGGAAAAAACAAAAGCCUAGUAAAUUUGAUUUUACAAAAAGUCAUCCAUCACCUACCACAUCCCCAUCGUAAGUGCUAUUUAAGGUUUAUUUUGCAUUCUUGUGACACAGCAUGUCCAAGUUGUUGCUAGCAAAGCCUGAAUCAGAUGUAGCAAAUAAUAAUUCAUUAGAGUUCACUAAUUAAUGAUUAGUCAGCAGACCCUUAAAGGCUAGCCCUUGUUAUUUUAGAUAACAGAUUGAAUGAUCAUCUUUGCCUAGGUUAGGGUUAGAAGUUUUAACCCUUUAACUCUUAGAUCAAAUUUUUUCUCCUCACUGUCAACAUAAUUCUUAUAAUGUUAGUUCAGAGAAUUAAGUAUUGGAUCAACUAAUGAUCCCCAAAUUGAUAUUUUUCUUUAUUCUCAUUACUUAUGUGGUUGAUAGUGUAUUAAUAUUGUAAGGAGAAAUUCUCUCUUGGUCACUCAUGGGAGUUAAAGGGUUGAACCAACUUCGGCAUGUUUUAUUUAUUUUUGGAUUAACUUAAACAAUAUUGAUCAAAAUAUAUUUGUUGGUAGAUAUUUAUUGUUAGAUUAUAGAAGAUCACCUCAAAAGUCAGCUAUUUACUUUGAAUAACUGAGUACUUGGUUCAUCCUACCUAAUUUUCAGCACCACUCCACCCAGGAAUUUGAGUGAUAAAGCUACACUUACGGUUAAUGGCAAGGUUGGUACUUUGUCACUAAUUGAUCAACAGUCUAGAAGUUUUCUUGUUCUCUUUCUCUCUUUCUGUAAGUUAUUAUGAAUAUUCUCUUGGCAGGAAAAUCUGAAAUUGCACCAUAAUGGACACUACACAAGCAAUUACUCAGUAAAAUACCCCAAGAUAUUAACAAAACAGAGGUAGUUUUUCUGACCAUUUUAUGGUACAUCAGAGGUACACAAUAUCUCUUGUUCUUUUUAUGCUUAUUACAGGACUUUGAAUGUAAUGCAGAUGAUUUAAAAGAAAUAAAGGAGCUAGGACACGGAGCAUAUGGUUUUGUUUACAAAAUGCAACAUCAACCAACAGGGUUUAUAAUGGCUGUCAAAGUAAGUGUAAAAUAUUUUUUCCAGUUUUAGUAUAAUUUUACUGAGGGUCCUCAGUAGUGUUCUUCAAUCCCGCAAUCUCAACUAAAUUUUCCAUCGCAAUCCUGGCUGAUAAUACUGACCAAUCCCAAUUCUGACGAAAAAUUCUUGUUUUAGUCCAUUACCUAAACUCAAAAGGGCCUUUUUAUUAGCUCUUGAUAUUCUUUACCAGCAUUGAUUCAUUGAAGUCUCUAGUCACGGUAAGGCAAAAGUUUAUCUCUUUUGACCAAAAAUUUUGCUCGUUUUAGAAGUUUUCAAAUUUUUGCACAAAUAACAUUGGCUAGUCAUGGUAACAAGUUCCUCUAAUUCAACUUUAAUAAUAAUUCUAAUAAUUUUAUUUACCCUACAAAAUUGAUCAGCUAGUACCAUAAUAAAAGCUGGUAUCAACCCAUAUGUAGCUAUAAAAAAAAAAAAAAAACCCUUUAACUUCUAUCUCAAUAAAUAAUUCUUAAAAAAAUUAUUAUAAUACCUCAAAAUAUAAACCUAAAAUAUAUUUAAAUACAUUUAUAUUUAAAUAAUAUAUUUAUAUUAUUUUAAAUAUAAAUAUUAAAAUUUAAAAUAUCAACAACUAGAAAAAAAUCAACUAAAAAUUAAACCUAAAUUAGCAAGCUACAAUGAAAUUUAAUAUCUAAAUCUCUAAAAUAACCAUAUAACUCAGUCUUUAACCUCUUCAAAAAGUUUAUAUCUCUAAUGUACUUGGUAAAACUAUCUUCUGCAGCAGAAUACUGAAAAAUGGUUUGGCCAGUAUUUGUUUUGACCUUGGGAAGAUGCAAUAAAGUCUUGCGUAAAUUUCUUUCAUGAAUACGAGAUCUACAUAUAAGAUAAUCUGCCAGUUGAUCAGGGCAACUAAUAUUAUGUACAAUCUUAAAAGACAAUAUCUCAGAUUUUGAAAAACCUACUGGGACCCUCUUUACUAGUAAUAUGAAUUUUUUUGUAAUUUAAUUUAUUUUAUUAUCAUCAGAGAAUACGUGCCAAUGUAAAUUCAACAGAGCAGAAAAGGCUUUUGAUGGAUUUGGACGUGUCAAUGAGAGUAACUGACUGCCCUUACACUGUACAUUUUUAUGGAGCACUGUUUAGAGAGGUAUGACUCAAAGGGUAAUACUUACACUUGACCUUAACAAUUCCUGCUACUCUUGAGUUUGUCUUUGUUCUAUUAGAACUGUCCAAUUUGAUUCAUUUUGAUAAAUAGUGGACAAUUCAUUAUGCCAGAUGUUGUUCAAUUAAAUGAGAGGACCUAUUUAUUCACCAGGGAGAUGUCUGGAUUUGUAUGGAGCUCAUGAAAGCAUCACUAGACAAACUUUACAAAAAAGUUUAUGCCACUCCUGGCCGAAGGGUGCUUGAAGAAGUCCUACGGGAAAUAGCCAUUGCUGUAAGUUUUGACAGAUUUACUCUCUCCUAAGCUAUGCACAACAUGGUUAUUGUGAAGGCUGUGUUGUAAUUGUAACUGGAGAUAUCAGAAUUUUCUUUCAGAUGAUAAAUUGCUGCUGCAACAGUCAAUGUGCUGUCUGUAACAGAUAUGGUAUUCUUGUUGAUAAUUAUUUUGAUUGAGUUAGGAGCUUAUAAUAAAUGAUGGCGCUAAAUUUGACACCACCCCCACCUGCCUCUUACAAGUACAAAAAAAUUCAUAUUUGAAAUAAUUAUGUUUUAUUUACUGACACACAGAUGGUCCAUGCAUUAAAUUAUCUUCACAGUAAACUGCAUGUAAUCCACAGAGGUAAGCACUUAAUUUAUCAUUAGUUUUCCUUAAUAUUUUUUACCAUAUUUUUUUAUUUUGAUUAAAACACCAAAAUGCUCUCCCGUGUUUUCCUUCUAUGAUAGCCCCUUCAGAAAGUUAAAAGAACUUGUAAUGAGAAAAGUUUGUAAAUCAUGAAGAAAGUGAUCAACAGCUUUUCUUUAGAAUAUGUUACUUUGAUUUUGGGUUAAGUUUUUGUAACAAUAAUGAAUGAUUUACAAUAAUUUUUGUAGGAGAUCAGUUAAAGUUUUCUCUUGAGCCUAUGGUCCUUGAUUUUGUGGCAAAAGUAAACCUUCAGCAUUUUGUCUUAUUUUUCUGAUUGACUGACCAGCAUUGCUUAUAAUGGGUGUAUAAAAUAGUCUUAGUGAGAGAGAUUAAUGGUUACAGUAAAAGUAACUUGCUUAAGAAUUCAGGACAGUGAGUAUUUGACAAGGGGUUCAAUGUGAUCCCAAGUCAAGGACACUAACCAUUAUAUUCCAUUGUGCUUCCCACCUGAUGUAGAUCAUAAGGUGAGCAACAACAACUACACCACAAUUUUAAUAGGGUGCCAAAUUACAAUCAUCAAAGAUUGUAUGCUCUUGUGGUCCAAAGAGUUAAACAAAAACUGAAACCACCACAGAUUAUUUUAAUUGCUUUCUUUAUAGAUGUGAAGCCUUCUAACAUUUUAGUGGAUGAAAAAGGAAAUUUUAAACUGUGUGAUUUUGGAAUAAGUGGUCAGCUGGUAGACUCACUGGCAAAAACUGUUGAUGCAGGAUGCAAACCUUACAUGGCAGUAAGUAUUUUUAAAAUCACAAGUCACUCAAGAAAAUAAAAUGUGCGUAGAUGAGUUGUUCAAGGGCUAAAUAUAAUAAAUAUUAUGGAUUAUGACAUUUUUCAAAUUUCUUUUUUUAGCCUGAGAGAAUCAACCCAGCCAAAAACAUGGAAGGAUAUGAUAUUCGCUCUGACAUUUGGAGCCUAGGAAUCACUAUGGUAACUUAUACAUACUAAGUCUUGUGCUUCCCCCAAAUCAAUGUGGUACCCAAUACAUAAGGAUACUUGCUCUUCCCUGAAACACCACAGAACCCAACGUAUAGUUUUACUAGCAGGUAAAACAAUUGAAGAAAAAAAGCCUGAAGAUUUUGUCAGGAUAUGAACCUAUACCACCCAGAAAGUGAUUGUAGAGGCUCUAUCCUGUUCUUUUAAACUUGGGAUCAGAUUUCUCUCUAGGAUAGAAACAAACUAAUUUUAAGUACCCAAUAGCUACUUAUGAGCAACAAAUGAGAGGGAUUGAUUCAAGGAUUCUAACUAUGACUCCAAGGUUGUAAAUAGUGGUCCUGUCUUUUACAGAUAGAACUGGCAACUGGUAAAUUUCCAUACACUCAGUGGAAGACACCAUUUGAGCAGCUGAAACAAGUUGUUCAUGAGCCUUCACCAACUCUUCCUGAUGGGGAACCAUACUCAGAUGAACUAAGAGAUUUUGUUGUUCAAUGGUAAUUUUCAAUUUUUGGCAAGCCAUAUAACACUUUUUAAUUUACCCUUUCACACUGGGAUCUUAAUCAUAGUUUGAUUCUCCUUACUGUUAUUCAUAAAUAACUUUAAUAUUAUUUGUGAGAAUUAGUUAUGAAAUCAGUUAAUAUCAACUAUUUGAUAUUAUUUGAGGUCUUUGUUCUCAUCUCCUAAAACCAUCGGCAAUGGUUGGCUGUAUGGUAUUCAGGUUAAUCAAAAUGAUCAUUUAGCUAACAGGAGAAACUUCAGGGUUAAUGUUGUUUUACCUUUAAUUUGAAUCUGCAGCUUACAGAAAGACUACAGUAAAAGGCCUAACUAUGUCUCGCUCAUGGUAAGUAGAUAUAUCUUAACGUCAAAAAUUGUUAAGACAGCCAUAUAUUCUUAAAAUUUUAUUCACUUUGCAUGCUACAUACUUGACUUUUUAGUGAUCAAGGAAUACACAUUUUAUAAACCUUUUGAGGUAAUGGUUUUUUCAUCAUUUUGAUAACUUUGUUAAACAAAAAACCAUAAGUAUGAAAGAUAUCACAUGCUGUGGAAAAGUCAUUAACAAGGUUUUUUCUUAUAGUUGUUUUUUUUGCAACAUUGAUAUUUAAAUUUGUUGCUACCUUCUAGUUAUCUCAGAAAAAGACUAAAUUAUUUAGAAUGUAUUCAGAUAAUAGACAGAUAAUAUAAUUGUAAUUUGUUUGUAGUCAUAAUUCCUUUUCUAUUUUACCUUGACCAGGAGCAUAAUUUUGUGAAAGGAAAUGGAACAGAUGGUAGUUUUGACACCCAAAGUUGGAUAACACCCAUAUUGCAAGAACUGGAACAGUCAAGUCUAUAGUGAAGGGAGACUGUUUUUUGUUUGUUUGUUAGUUUUUUUUUUUCUCUUAUUCUCUGUUGUAAACUGGACAGAGUAAAAAUAGCAUUAUUUGGCUCAGUUAUUAUGUGAAGGAUUUUAAGAAGUACUUCCUUGUAAUUCUUUUUUUUUUUUUUUAUUAAGAACCGUGGUAUAUAACAUAUAUUGACUGGGAACGUGAAAAUGACUUAUUGUAAGAGAAAGGUGCAUUUUGGAUAAAUCUGUCAAGAUAAUCCAGUCUGCCAAAUUUCAGAUUCUCGUGUCUAUCCAUUAAAAACAUUGAUCAAAGCCAGUUUGUGGAGGCUAACAAAAAAAUGAUAUGUACUAUCGCAGGCUUUACUGACACAUUCGUUGAAUGAGGUGAAAAAGCUCAAAGCAGUGGGAAAAGAGAGAGGUCUUUGUUGGUGGAUUCUCUCUUCUUAAACCCUCUGAUUUCUCAAAAUUGGAUUGGCACUGUACAUUUUGGUUGAUGUUUUGAAUAGUUAGGGUUUUUUUGAAAUUGAAAAUACUGAACAAAAGAUUCUUGAUCUUGUUUCUUCUUACACUUUGAUACUAAUAUUUCCCAAAUGUUCUCAAGCCAUUGACACCAAUUUUCAAUGAUUCUUUAAAUUCUGUGUUCGGUAUAAUUUCCCUUUGAUGAAUUCCACUGAGCUUGAUCCCUACUAUUCACUUGAUGUCAACAUGUAAAGACGUGAAUGACUACAUAGAUUGUCUUAAAGCAAGUGCACACACUAAUAAUCUUAAACUAGAAUUCUAACUCUCCCAUUCUGAGAUCAAGAACAAACCAAUUCCAAAUUACACGUGCUGGAAAUAUACUUUUUGUUUUUUGAUUGAAAAGGGUAAGAAUAUUCUUUCCAUCUCCUUAACUUGGUUUUGAAAUAAUUUGAGGAAAUUUUGUGAGUAUCUUUGAACUAGAAGGAUCUUUUUGAACGACUUUCCACAAGAAAGUAAUUGGGAAGAUUAGUUGUCUUUUUUCUUUCUAGUAUAAUACAAACUUUUAGACAGCCAAGAUGCAAUUGUUUUCCUUUUUGUGGUUUUAAUUACUAAAACUUUCCCCAAUUAAGAACAAAUAUUACGUUUUUAAGUCUUAUAUUUGGUUUAGUACCCUCCUGCUAAAUUCAGAUGUUUAAAUGGGAAGAAUGGGGACUGAAAUGGUUCCAGUUUUUUACAAAGCAACCAGUAAAUGUAAAACUCUCUUCCCUUACCAUGUGCAGCUAUUAAUGAGCAAACAAAAAUAAAUGCCAUUGGUUAAUUAUUUUAGAAGAAAAGAUGAUAUAGGGUAAUCUCGUACAACUCUUAACCCUAAGGCCUUAUUGUGUGUAAAUCUGCGGUGUAUAAUCUCAGUCACCAUC